GUAUAAAUCUCGCUUUUCUCGUGCAAAUCAUGCCACAUGUAAUGAUAAAGCAAAAUAUUAUAGAUAUUGGCCAUUUGCUUAGGAGACAUAGGAGUAGGACGAACGUGACAGUAACGGCUCGAAAACAUGGUAGAGGCAGCACAAGAAUACUUCUGGGGUGUGGAGUUAAGCAAGGAUAAACCAACAUACACCUGGACUUUUGAGGAGGAAGACGAGGAUAAUGAUUACCUUGUACACACUUUAUUCCUUAAAAAUGCUGUGCUAGGAGCGUCGGCAGUUAAAGGAGAAAGAAAUCUUGUACAAAUAGAAACCAAAAACUUUGACAAAACUGAUAUAUCACAGCCUUUACUAUCAUUAACAUUAGGCCAGUCAGAUAUGUGCAAUUUAGAUAUAAGUUUUGGCAAUGAGGUUAAAGCUACUUUCAAAUUGGUGGAAGGUUCAGGUCCAAUUUCUCUUGGUGGACAGCAGUUAGUUGAGUUCCCCCCAGAUGAGUUGAACAGUCAAGAUGAGUCUGCUCUCGAAGAUACCAUGGAGUCUGAACUUACGGAGGAAGAUAUGAGCCCCAAGAAAUCAAAAAAGAGGAAAGCUGGAGGUGCAGGUGAUAAAAAAUCAAAGAAAGGCAAGAUGGAUGAGAGCAUGUCAAGUGCAGAUGACAGUAUGGAAGAUGAGGAUGAUGAUGAUGAUGAUGAUGAAGAUGAUGAUGAAGAUGACAUGGAUGAAGAUGAGGAAUCGAGUCCAGAAAAAGGGAAGAAAAAGAAAGGAGCAAAGGGGAAAGAAAUAAAGGUAAAAAGACUGGUGGUUACUUUGAAGGAGGGCCAAAAGCGUAGGAUUGUGAAAGCUAAAAGGAGAAUGAGCAGAUAAUUGUAAGGACACAAAAGGAAAGAAAGCUGGACCAAAAACAACUAAGGUGUCUCCCAAGAAAGCUGCCAAGAAAACAACUAAAAAGGGCAAAAAGUAAAAUCAUCAUAUACUCGAGAUAAACAAUUGGACAAGCAUUAUAAGGAAACCAGAGCUAAAUCCAUUUUUAUUUAUCACAAUUUGUGCUAAAGACUUCAGUUUUGAUAUUUUGUUUAAUAAAAAUACCAUUUAUUUCCAUG